CGCCCUCAAAAUCUGCAUCCAACCUUCUAAUUUCAAGGCAGCCAUGGCAAUGUCAGCCAAUACCCCUCACACCCUCCUCUUGAAAAACCCUAGCAUCAUUAAAACCUCAACCACCACCACCCCUUCCAUCCAUGCCUUCCCGAUCAAACGCGCCACCAACAAGCCCAUCUCAAUCACAUGUUCAUACUCCGCCACCGUCGCUGCACCACCAGCUUCGGCCUCCGCUCAAGAUCGGGUUUUUAAUUUCGCCGCUGGACCCGCCACGCUGCCCGAAAAUGUUCUCCGGAAAGCCGAAUCGGAGCUCUACAAUUGGCGGGGAGCUGGAAUGAGUGUUAUGGAGAUGAGUCACAGAGGGAAGGAAUUCCUCUCCAUCAUCCAAAAAGCAGAGUCAGAUCUGAGAAAAUUACUCGAUAUCUCCGAAGAUUACGCCGUUCUGUUCCUCCAAGGCGGCGCCACCACCCAAUUCGCCGGCAUCCCUCUCAACAUCUGUAAACCCGAAGAUCCCGUUGAUUACAUUGUAACCGGAUCGUGGGGCGACAAGGCAUUCAAGGAAGCAACAAAAUACUGCAAGCCUAAGGUGAUUUGGUCCGGUAAAUCGGAGAAAUACACCGCGAUUCCGUCGUUCGAUGAGUUGGAUCAGAACCCGAACGCCAGGUAUUUGCAUAUAUGCGCGAAUGAAACUAUUCACGGCGUCGAGUUCAAAGACUACCCCACACCUAAAAACAAAGAUGCGCUUCUAAUCGCUGAUAUGUCUUCCAACUUCUGUUCAAAGCCGGUUGAUGUUUCCAAAUUCGGGAUCAUUUACGCCGGAGCUCAGAAGAACGUCGGCCCAUCUGGUGUCACAAUAGUGAUCAUAAGGAAGGAUUUGAUCGGAAACGCUCAAGAGAUUACACCGGUGAUGUUGGAUUACAAGAUCCACGCCGACAACAAUUCGUUAUACAACACACCACCUUGUUACGGGAUUUACAUGUGUGGAUUGGUGUUUGAAGAUCUGUUGGCGCAGGGUGGUUUGGUGGAGGUCGAGAAGAAGAACAUGAAGAAAGCGCAGAUUUUGUACGACGCGAUUGAUGAGAGCAAAGGGUUUUACAGGUGUCCGGUUGAGAAAUCUGUGAGGUCGUUGAUGAAUGUGCCGUUUACACUUGAGAAAUCGGAAUUGGAAGGUGAGUUUGUGAAGGAAGCUGCUAAAGAGAAUAUGGUUCAGUUGAAGGGGCAUAGAUCGGUUGGUGGAAUGAGGGCUUCGAUUUAUAAUGCAAUGCCUUUUGCUGGUGUUGAGAAGUUGGUUGCUUUCAUGAAGGAUUUUCAAGCAAAACAUGGGUAGAUUUUAGAAAUUAAACAGCAUUAUUUGUUGUUUGUUUUGUAGCGUUUUGUUGUUGGUUGAUCUGGUUUUUGAUGUUUUUGUUAUGUUAUGUUACAAGUCUUGUUUGUUGGUGUCAUUUGGGGAAAAAAAGGGAUACAUGAAAGAUUAGGUAGUUUUGUUGAAUCAUUCUGGGUGAUGAAUAUUUCAAAUGGAAUGACAUAAUCUGGUUGUUUUUCUUUC